CGGUAGCAACGGGAGCGGGGCGGGGGUGGUGAUGUCAUCGCGUGACGCUCCCCGCUCGCCGGCCGGCGCGGGGCUCCCGCCGAGUCCGUCUGUGUGGGGAGACACCGUCAGCAACGGCGGCCAUGAAGAUCUGGAGCUCGGAGCACGUCUUCGGGCACCCCUGGGAUACAGUGAUCAAAGCUGCUAUGAGGAAGUACCCCAACCCAAUGAACCCAUGUGUAGUGGGAGUAGAUGUCCUCGACAGGAGCCUUGACAACCGGGGGAGGCUGCACAGCCACCGUCUGCUCAGCACAGAGUGGGGAUUGCCGAGUAUUGUAAAAGCGAUUUUAGGAACAAGUAGAACUCUGACUUACAUUGAGGAACACUCUGUGGUGGAUCCGGUGGAAAAAAAGAUGGAGCUUUGCUCAACUAAUAUUACCCUUACAAACUUGGUGUCUGUUGAUGAGAGACUGGUUUACACACCUCAUCCUGAAAACCCUGAAAAAACUGUGCUAACUCAAGAAGCAAUUAUUACUGUCAAAGGCAUUAGUUUGAGCAGUUAUUUGGAAAGCUUAAUGGCAAACACAAUAUCUUCUAAUGCCAGAAAGGGCCGGGAUGCCCUGGAGUGGGUCAUCAGCAAACUCAACACAGAACUGGAGGAGCUGAAGUCAACAAGGGAGGGCAUAAAACCAGCCAUGGCAGCGGCAUCCACAGAGAAAUAGAAGCAAAAAACAUAUCGAGUAACUGAUUGAAACAUUUCAUUCUGCUGACUGCUGUCUCGAUGGCCCUUCCAAAGCUCAUCUGCGUAGGUUUUGUAUAUUUAUAAGCAUAUUGGAUCAGCGGGAAAGUAACCUCAUCUUUCAUCUCCAGAGCAGCUCCCUUCGCCUACUGCAGAUUAAACUGACCUCCUGCAGAUGCUCUUUUCACUUAAACGAUUUCUUUUCAACACCGGAAACAAAACGUUCAGCACAUUUAAAUCAGCCUAAAUGUGCCUUUUGUGACAAAGAUUGAGAGUCUGUUGUAUUUUAUACCAUCUUUUUCAUACUCAAACUUAAAAAGAACUCACGUGUUUACUGAGUGUUCUCCAAAUGAGCAUUAGUUCUGUGAAGGGCUGAGAGCCUUAACUUUUGUCCGUUUUAUACUCUUAAAACCGUUUGAAGGGAACUAUGUGAAACAGCACGGUACUGUAGAAUUAAAAUUGCCUAUCUAGAGAAUCAUCCCCAACAGCUGAAACUUGUGUUGCGCUGACUCUUGUUAUGUUGCUUAAUGUGUUGUCUGAACACGACACACGGAUGCUUUCCCUCUUAGGUGUUUAUAUCCAAGAGAGUUUCUAUUGAUGUUAACCGCCUAAACAGGCUUUUUCUUUCUUUUUUUUUUUUUUUUUCUUAUUUUGUGGGGAGAAGGGUAUAAUUUAUUUUCAUAUUUAUUAACAGGAGUGGGAGGUGCUGCUUGGGUUAUUUAUCUGUAAGAGGGUGCUUGCAGGCUACUGGAACAAAGAGGCUCUGCUGUACUCUGCUUCUUACUCUUCCUGCUAUCUCUUAGCUGAGAAGAGCUGGCUGCAAGAAACGAAGAGCUCAAAUGAGAAGGUUGAAAUCCAAGGGAUAGUGCUUCAUCAGCGCGUGAUUUUGUGCUCCAAUGGGGAAGAACAGAGCACAAGAACAGCUGGGCUCUCCUUUUCAAAUGCUUUCUACAAACAACUGAGUUCUGCUGCAGUGCAUUUUGUCAACACUUUGCCACAUGGGUACAAAUGUUUUUAGAAACGUUUUAAAUGCUUUAAAUGCUUCCUGAUUGUCUGCAAAAAUACUGCAUUAAUUGUGGCAAUGGCCUCUUGGAAAGUAUGCAGAGAUACUUAUUGCUAACAGUUCCAGCUUUUGUAUGAGGUUCACAAGGCUUUCUUAUUUGGUCCGGGUGUAGUUCGUGUUUCUUAGAUAGCCCUCUGGUGGCGGGUUUGACUUUAUUUCUUGGUAUACAUACAAACUGAGAUGAUAGAUACGUGUUGCACAGUUGUUUACUUGCUCAGGUGGCAGGCAUGUGUUCAUGGAGCUGUGAGAGCAUGGGGAGCUUCUUUAUAAAAGUGAAAUGCUGGGCAAUGUUUGGAUCUGGUAAUUUAAAAUGUCUGUAGCUUAAGGGAAAUCUCAGAGCUGGUAUUCUGUUUAGCUUCAAAGUGAAUGUUAAUUUGGGUGUAAGUAUAGUCUAGGUAAAUGACAUGGUUCUAAUAAAUAAACUUGAUUUGCAUUAUUAGCAAUUA